AUGUUGGGUACAUUGGAAAGUUCUCAGAAGCCUGAUUGGAAACGGUACAUCAAUCAUCUUGUUUACUGUUACAAUUGUACACCACAUGAGUCAACAAGAGUAGCGCCUUUUGAACUCAUGUUUGGUCGUAAACCAAAGUUGCCUAUUGACGCAGUCUUUGAGAAAGCAAACACUGAUGUGGUAAACAAGAAUACCAGAGAAUACAUUGAAGAUUUGCAGAAUCGAAUGACAAGGACCAGACAGAUAGUUGAAGAUCAUGUUAAUAAGGCAAAGCAACGCCAGAAGAAAUAUUACGACAUGAAAGCCAAAGCGGCUAGAAUAGAGAUUGGAGAUAAAGUAUUGGUGAGAAUACUGGCUUAUGAUGGAAAGCAUAAGAUCUCAGACAGAUUUGAGGAUGAGGCGUAUACAGUGGUAGAACAGGUAAAGGAUACUAUACCUGUCCUCAAAGUGAAAGGAGACACAACAGCGAGAGUCAGGACCUUGCACAGGAAUCACUUAUUCCUGUUGAAAUAUCAGGAUGAAGAAGAAGUAGGGUUUACUGAAACUUCUGGACUAGAAGAAACAGUACAUGGAGAAGUUAUUAAUGAAGAUAACAAGGAUGCAUCCAAGGGGGAAGAAACCGCUAAAAUAGAAUUGGAAAGUGACGUCACUAGUAAAGAUGGAGAGGAGUCAGAUGAUGAUACAGGUGAAGUUGUAAUCAUUACAACAUAUGGGGACGCCCGAAAACCUGAUGUAUCAGUAGAUGAUGGUGAAAUUAUUGUAGAACCUACAGUAGUAGAAGACACGGAGAUAAGGGAUGAGCCUUUGAGAAGGCCAGAUGACUUGGUAGAAGUACCUUUGAAUAUAGAAGUUGUGGAAGAACCGGUGCAAGGUCCAGAUAUAUAUCAGUUGGUUGAAGACCAACAAGGAGUACAUCAAGAAACAGUUGAUACGCCUCAGGAAACAGAAAUACCAAUACCAGAUGUAGAUAGCAAUCCAGUUGAAGACGACAAUGCUGAAGGAGCUGAUGGUAGGACUGAAGGUGGAAGCCCUGAUAGAGAAGAAACUAAUAAGGACGGACCGCCAAAACCAGCUCCUAGACGUUCUGGUAGAGAACGAAAGCCACCUCAGCGUUUUGACGACUACCAGAUGGCUAGUAUCGUACCAAGACCAAAGGACUCAAGGUUUCAAGCAUUGAAACAAGUUCUGGAGUCUGGUGUUCUAGACACAUUGGAUAGUGAGAUGGCACGAAGACUAGUGAUUAGUAUUUUUCAAUGA